GCACAGUGAAAGCAUCUCUAGAAUGGCUUUGAGUCUUAAGUUCUGGAUUGGCCUCGGCCUCUUGACCACCAUCGUCUGGGGUGCAGCGGUACCUGGAAAGGCGCCCGUGGACGAGGAGCGGAUGCAUCCCCAUCUGCCGAGUAGUCCCCGACUUCGUGCUAUUUCUGGAGAGGAAACGCAGGAGUUCUGGUACGCGUACAGCAAGCAGCUACUCCGUGAGAAGGUGGACUUUGUAAGGAACACCAAGAAGGCGAAGAAUAUUAUCCUAUUCCUCGGAGACGGCAUGGGUCUGGCCACUCUGGCCGCUGCCAGAAGUUACAUUGGAGGUGAGGAGCUGAAGCUCUCCUUCGAGGAGUUUCCCUUCACGGGGCUAUCGAAAACCUAUUCGGUGGACAAGAUAGUACCCGAUAGUGCCUGUACUUCGACCUCAUACCUUUGCGGAGUAAAGGCGAACUACGGAACCAUUGGCGUGAAUGCCCAUGUGAAGCGCGGCGACUGCUUGGCCAUGGCCAAUGAAACGAACCAUGUCUUCUCCCUGGGCAAAUGGGCCAUGGAUGCGGGCAAGGCGGCCGGACUGGUGACAACCACUCGAGUGACCCACGCCUCUCCCUCCGGAGUCUACGCCCAUGUCGCCGAUCGGGAGUGGGAGAAUAAUGCCGUGCUCGAGGAGGCCUGCGGUGAGCAGUCGGAGGGCCUCCAGGACAUAGCCGUCCAGUUGAUUCACGGCGAGGUGGGCAGCAAACUGAAGGUCAUGUUGGGCGGCGGCAAGCGAAGCUUCUACAGUCCCGAGCACUACGACAAGGGACGUCGCACUGAUGGUCGCAAUCUGGUCGAAGAAUUCGAGGCUCUGGAUGAGGGUAAUACUUUCGUGAAGACCCAGAAGAAGCUGCUCCAAGUGAAUGCCACCGAAACGGGACGUCUGUUGGGUUUGUUCAGCAAGAGUCACAUGCACUAUCAUCUGGAACAACUCGCGGAUCCGGAGAACAAUGAGCCCACGCUGGAGGAGAUGACACAGAAGGCCAUCGAGGUGCUGGAGACCGAGGAGCAGGGCUACUUUCUGUUCGUCGAAGGAGGUAAGAUCGAUAUUAGCCACCACGAUACCAUGGCACGAAUUGCCCUGGAUGAGACCGCCGAACUCUCGAAGGCGGUAAGGAAAGCACGCGAGAUGACCAACCCGGAGGAGACCCUAAUUGUGGUGACCUCGGAUCAUUCGCACACCUUCAGUGUGUCGGGCUAUCAGAAGAGAGGAAGCGACAUCUUCGGAGCCGCCAAGGCGAAGGGCCAGGAUGGCAAACCCUAUCUGGCCCUGAGCUAUGCGAAUGGCAAGAGCUUCGCGGACUAUUACAACACGGAGACUCACGAACGAGAGGAUCCCACCAGCCUGCCCACCGUGGGUGACUUUGAUCAGCUUUUCCCCGCCACGGUGCCCCUGGAAUCGGAGACCCACGGCGGCGAGGAUGUCGGCGUUUUUGCCUCGGGUCCCUGGGCCCAUCUCUUCACCGGCGUCUACGAACAGAACACCAUUCCCCACAUUAUGGCCUAUGCCGCUUGUGUGGGCGAUGGACUGACUGCCUGCGAUUAGGAAUCAGAAUCGCAAUCAGGAGUUGAUUGACACACCGAAGGACUCUUAAUUAGCUCGUCCACUAGACAAAUUCUCACGUACGCUUUAUCGCCUUAAAUGAAUACUCAAACAAUUGACAGGUGCUACAACACAUGGCCCUCGAGAAAAAAGAAAUUAGAUCGGGGAUUACUCGCACAUUCUAUAAGAAGUGUUUUCCUAUCAAUCUGAAAAACCAAAUAUACUUAUAUUGUCUGAUUAAAGGCAGACAUUGAAAUCCCGAUUAAAGCUGAUUAAAUUAAUAAGAACCAUUUUAAA